GGGGAAAAAUAUCUAAUAAUAAGUAGCGAAUGUCAGAUGCAAAGUGGAGGUAAGCGUCGAAACGUUGUUCAAAAGUAGGAUACGGAUAUCGUCGAUUGUAACAUUGCCAAUCUAAAAAGCCAUAUACCGGGUGAAUUGGAAUAUUUGUUGACGAAGGUUGGCACGCCUGGCUGUUUGCGAAUGACUGUCAAAACCUACUUUCCCCAUAGAAGUUCCCGAGGAAAUACGAUGUCCAUCUCGUAGACGCGAUAAAAAAAAGAAACGCACGACGCAAACCCUUGUCAAAGUGCACGUAAUACGUUGCAGUGGGGUGCUGGCCCAGAGCAGUGUCUUUCGUGCCUAUUCUUUAACCAGUUUGAGGAACGAAUGGAGUAUUCUGGCAUGUAACGAGAUAUUCUACCAGGAUCUGGGGUAUCCUCUCCGAGGCGAGGAAUUACGCAGAACCAACGUCUCUUGAAAUCCAUUCGGUAGUGAAGAGAACAGGUCAAGAUAACUGCAGCUGCUGGUGGUUUAAUAUUCUCGCAGCAGCUUCUACCCUGUCAAAAUCUGUCAAAAUGUUCAUCACGUGACAUCAGCCGUCAAGAGAUAUGGAAAAACAAUAAAUUAACAAUCCGCAUAAUUCCCAAGGAACAAUUCAAGAAAAAAGGCCUAUAGAAAAAAAAAAUCAUCCCAUUGUACUAACAAAUGCUUUCUUGGUAAUAUAAGCAGAGGAAAAACUUUUCUUUAAAGAAUACAACUUUGAUCCAUCUCCGUUAGUUAGUGACAGGAAAUACCAAAUUAAGAUUUUAAAGCAAUAGUAUUGAUUGAUUAGUCGAAUCAUUUUAUAAGUUGAAAAAAGUUGAAGGAAAAAAAAGUAAUAGUAAGAAUCAUAGGGAAUUAAAAUGAAUAAUCAAGGUGAGCAGACGGAGGGUAAAUGGAAUUGCGAGUAUUGUACAUAUGAAAAUUGGCCUUCAUCUUUGAAAUGUACAAUGUGCAGAGGGGCAAAGCCUUUAUUCGGGGAAGAUAUUUAUCGUUUGCGCGAUCCAAGUCCACAGCGAUCAGGUUCUAACGUAGCGUCUGGUCCAGUACCUCAAAUAAGUCAGUCAACAGACUUUUGCAACCUAAGCCCUCAAAAUUACAGCCAAAAUUUGCCUUCAGGAGGUAAAUGGGCCUGUGACUUAUGCACCUACCUCAAUUAUCAAAAUACAAAUCGGUGUGCGCAGUGUGGACACAAGAAACUGGUAAAUCACUCCACAUCUAUACAUUCGACAGCCUCAAAUCUACACGAACAACUAGCACCAUUAAGGCUGGGCGAUCCCCCGCCUAACCCAGGGUCAAACCUACAGAUAAAUUCUUCGUUAAUUAAUUUACAUCCUGAAAAGUACUCCUAUGCGCAGCUGAAUAUGCCGUUGUCUAAUACGCAGCAAGAGAAAUGGUCGUGUCCGUCGUGUACCUAUGAAAACUGGCCAAAAGCUACGAAAUGUAUAAUGUGUGCCCAUCAGAAGGAAAAAGAAAGAAGAGAAAGAUCCAUUACUAAUCUCGGACUUAUCCUACCCAGUCCUGACCGGGAUCAGUGUCAGAAAGGCCUUCCGUCUCCGUCUCCGCCUCAUACUCCGUACAUCCAUCAAGCUCAUCGAGAUGAAAACUUGGCAGUAGCAAAAAGAAGUUCUCAUAGAUAUGAAAGAAACGAUACUUUACCGGCUCCACAAUCACCCAACAACUGUGAAUAUGAACGCAGAUUAAAACAGCUUAGGCGUCAUACAGACUGGUGCUGGUUAAACGCAUGCCUCGGCAUAGUUGAAGGUGAUAAUGCACCAGUCGAAGCUUAUUUGGCAAGCGGUGGAGACCCUGCUCGUCAAUUGACGCAUUCCGAAGUUCUCCUUUUGAACAGAAGCAGCGCUUUUGACAUUGGGCAUACUCUAGUUCAUCUGGCAAUUCGAUUCCAAAGAGAGGAUAUUCUAGCUACACUGUUGGCACAGAUCGAAGGGUCCGGGUCGGGUGUGAAGAGAGUACCAAGUUAUGUGGCACCAGAUUUGGCAGAACAAAUUCGUCGGCAUGUAACAAAUAGCAUUGGACUCCGAAAAGGUUCUUUUCCAUGCUGCUUUGUUAUGGACAUGGCUACCUUCGCACUACCUGCUGAGUUUGAUCAAUUGAAGGUUGAAGAUCUACCGAGUAUAGUUCAGGAGCAGAUGCUUGAAGAGUUACUUGACAGAGAAGCACAACAACAGCUGGAAGGUGGAGGUGGAGAACCACCGGCCUUGAAUUGGUCAUUAGAAGUAACUGAAAGACUUGGAAGUAGAUUACACGCUCUGUGGAAUAGAUCUGCCGGUGACUGUUUGUUGGAUUCCGUAAUGCAGGCAACAUGGGGCGUAUUCGAUAGGGAUAAUACGUUACGUGGUGCUUUAGCUGAUUCACUGCAACAGGGUGGACAAUUUUUUUAUCCUCGCUGGAGGGAAUAUGAAGCAUCGCAAGCAGCGCGGAUGUUAGACUUCACUCUCGAAGAAACUCAAUGGCAAGAAGAUUGGGAAAAUCUACUAGCAACUGCAGCUCAACCUGGUAGCGCACUUGAGCAAUUGCAUGUCUUUGCAUUAGCCCACAUAUUGCGAAGACCCAUUAUUGUUUAUGGUGUCAAAUACGUCAAGAGUUUUCGAGGUGAAGAUAUAGGUUACGCAAGAUUUGAGGGAGUUUAUUUACCAUUGUUGUGGGAACCAUCGUUUUGUAUCAGAUCACCAAUCGCUUUGGGUUAUACCCGUGGCCACUUCACAGCUUUAGUUCCAAUUGAGCCAUACCCAUCAUCAAGAAUCCCACCAUUAGCUCCACAUGCUAAUGUCGGAGUUGGCGGUGUUGGUGCCAUGCCACAAAUGCAAAUGCAAACAACAUUUAUGCCAUUAAUGGAUCGUGAUCGUAAGCUUUUACCGAUUCACUUCCUAAGUUCUGAAGAAAUUGGCCGUGAGGAAACCAUAUUAAAACAGUGGCUCGACGUUUGCACAACAGAGGGCGGUAUUCUAGUAGCUCAGCAAAAACUUCACAAAAAACCCCUGCUAGUCGCGCAAAUGCUUGAAGAGUGGCUCAACCAUUACCGAAGACUUGCACAGAUGAACAAUGCUCCAUUUUCUCGACCAGCAACAUUACAAGACUACAGCAGUGAUGGGGAUACGGAAGAUGAAUAAGAAAAGCUCAGAUAAUUGAUAAAAUUAUGCAACUUGGUGAAAAUUUAUUUGUUUCUCUCCAGUCAGCAAAUUUAGAAUGGUAAAAACGUCUGCACGGGUGCAGCGAUAUGGAAAUACCAAGUCACUGUGCCUAGAAUCAUAGAGUACGUAAUAUAACUUGUAUACAGUGCAAGUACAGAGUUUAAAACUUCAAGAAUUACCCUCUCAUUAUAUAUUUGAAUCCUUAUUCAUUCGCAAUAGCGAUUAUACAAUGAAUAAUUACAAAUUAAUAUCUCAUUAACUUAUUAACUUAUUCGAAUUGCUGUCAGCGAAGGUUUCAUAUUUCUUUCAUUUACCUGCAUAGUUUAGUUGUAUAUAUUGCCAAACGGCAAUAAAAAAUUGAAGAAUAUUUGAUCGUUAGUGAAUUUAAGAUUUUUUUACAUCUUAAAAUAUGAGAAAAUUUUAUUCGUUGUUGAACUAGAAAUUAGGUAAUUUCACCAAAUUACGCACCACUUUGUGGUAUUUCAGCCGUCCUAGAGAAAACGUAGUAUCUAUGUAUACAGUAUCUUGGACAUAACUUACGCUCUUUUCUUUAUAAAUAUUGCGCAAUCAAGAGCAUGAAAGAUCAUUGUCUUUUACUUCACUCAAUAUCCUGUAAUGCAAUACUAGGUUCGUACAGACUAAGUAAUGAGCAGACGUACUCAAGUGUUUGCAACAAAUGCAUUACUCCUUUGAACUCGUUUUAUUUUCUUUCUUGCACUGAUACAUCGAUUUGAUCCAGUUUUACUAGGGGAAGAAGAAACUAAGAACUCGAUGUUUAUACUUUUCUUUUAAAUCAUAACGCAUUUUCAGUUUCUUGUUACAUCCUUCUGAUUUGACUAAUUCGAACCUAGUAAUAAUUGGAUGCCAAUUUAUGGUUUUACUAUUAUUCAUCUCAAAUCUGUCAUCUGAAAUCGGAUUUUUUAAUAUCUAUGGUCAUGCCAAGAUUCUCCGCUGAUUGAUGGACUUUUGAAUGGUAUUUGGUACAAGUUUUCGAUACUUCAAGAUUUAUUCUUCAAAAUGAAUAUUCUGUAAUGAUUCUGAAAGUUCAAAUGAACUAUAACCGUGCUCGUAAACAAAAUAUUGUAGAAACAGUAUUAAAAGAAGGCAUUCUGAACGUGCAAGUUUCAAACUUUGAUCUAAUGAUACUCCAAAGAUUCAUUUGAAAAUGAAUAAAUUGAUUUGGUGUAGAGCAAUAGGCACAAUUUAAUAUGGCAUCAACUACCUAAUAAACUUUGUUUUGGAAAAUUGAAUAAAAAUAAUAAAGAUUCGA